AUGGCCACCACGGAGUGUCCGAUCUGUUCGCGGCAUGUUCGCGCUGAGAACCUCAUGCUGCACGUAGACGCAUGUUUGGCCAAGCAGGACCAGCCUAAGACGCAAUUCCGCUCACCAUCGCCAUCCGCCAAGACCAAGUCUCCAACGACCAGCAGAACGCCCAAUCGAAGUCCACCACCUCAGAAUUCUCCGUCGUCUUCUGCUUUAAAGAAGCGCAAACGCUCGACAACCGAUGAUGUGUCUGCUGUACCAUUGGCAGAGCGGAUGCGACCCAAAGAUCUAGAUGAUCUGGUGGGUCAGGAGGAGCUUCUAGGCCCAGGAAGCCUGUUGUCUGCGCUAAUUGAAGCUGAUCGAGUGCCUAAUAUGAUUUUAUGGGGACCCCCAGGAUGCGGUAAAACGACGUUGGCACAUGUGAUAUCCAAGAAUACUGACUGCAAGUUCAUUAGCUUGUCGGGUGCGACGUCCAAGGCUGGCGAUAUGAAGGACGCCGUGGACCGAGCUAGAGGCGAACGCAAGAUGUUCCGUCGACGAACCAUCGUCUUCGUUGAUGAGAUCCAUCGCUUUAACAAAAGUCAGCAGGAUUUCUUCCUGCCACCGGUAGAAGACGGCACCAUUACGUUGAUUGGCGCUACAACGGAGAACCCGUCGUUCGAAGUGAACAACGCACUACUGAGUCGUUGCCGGAGUCUAUCGAGAAAAUUAUACGACGUGCGCUACGGGAUCACGCAGCUGGGGGUGCGGUCGCUUAAGCAAUCGGAAACUCAGUCAAAUGGCGGCAGUCUUGACCAGGACGACAAUGCAAAUGAAGUGUCCAUCAAAGCUGAGGACGAGGCUGUUAAGUACUUGGCCACACAGUGUGCUGGUGAUGCCCGAGCUGCGUUGAACUGCUUGGAAAUGGCACUUCAAACCGCCCCCAUGGAUGCUGAGAAGCAAGUGCUUCGGGUAUCUGCCACCCACGUCAAGCACUGUUUUGCUCAUCGGCAAACACUGUUCUACGAUCGAAACGCCGAUAUGCACUACGACGUCAUUAGUGCACUACACAAGUCGAUUCGAGGCAGCGACGAAAACGCGACACUUUACUGGUUGGCCCGCAUGCUUGAAGGCGGUGAAAAUCCGCUGUACGUGGCUCGGCGGCUCAUUCGAGUUGCAAGCGAAGACGUCGGGCUAGCAGCUCCUGAACUGCUUCCCAUGGCAGUAUCAGCGUAUCAAGCCGCUCACUUUGUUGGGAUGCCGGAGUGUGACGUCGUGCUUGCACAUGUUGCGACGAUGCUGGCGCGUGCGCCAAAGUCCAUUGAGGUUUACGCUGCGUACAAACGUGCGAAACAAUCGAUCCAUGAGUGGAAUAAAGGCGCAUUGCCGGACGUUCCGCUUCAUAUCCGUAAUGCCCCCACAAAGCUGAUGAAAGAGCUGGGGUAUGCCAAAGGAUACAAAUACAACCCGCACUAUACUGCAGAAGAACUCAAAGAUCAAACAUAUUUACCGGAUGAACUGCUCGGCACCAACUUUUUUGAGGAAGCGAAGACGAACCGGGAUGCAGAGUGUUAG